CGCUACCGCCUCCUCCUCUUCCUCCAGUGAGUGCUGGGAGACGCGGCGGCUGGAGGCUACCCCCUCGAGGCUCGCCUUCCUCUCCAAGGGUAGCUGAGUUCCGCUCGGCGUCCUUUGCCGUCGCCUCUUCGUUGCCAGCCGAGUGGCAUCAGGAAGUUUGCAAAAGCCCCACUUUAUCUGGCAAACUCCACCUUACUAAGCCGCUCUCUCUCUCUCUCUCUCUCUCUGCCACAUCUUUCUUGCUGCGGGAAGUUGUCGAUGAGUGCUCCGCCGGUCAUCCGGCCGCCCAGUCCUUCGCAGCCCGGCGGCGGCGGCGGCGGCGGCGGCAUCUCUUUCCACCUUCAGAUCGGCCUCAGCCGGGAGCCGGUGCUCUUGCUGCAAGACUCCUCGGGGGAGUUCAGCCUGACCCAUGUCCGGGAAAUGGCUUGUUCCAUCGUCGAUCAAAAGUUUCCUGAAUGUGGCUUCUAUGGGAUGUAUGAUAAAAUCCUGCUUUUUCGUCAUGACCCAACUACUGAAAAUAUACUCCAGCUGGUGAAGUCAGCUGUUGAUAUCCAAGAGGGUGAUCUGGUUGAAGUUGUCUUAUCAGCUUCUGCAACUUUUGAAGACUUUCAGAUUCGGCCACAUGCUUUGUUUGUCCAUUCUUACAGAGCACCAGCCUUCUGUGACCACUGUGGAGAAAUGCUGUGGGGGCUUGUACGUCAAGGACUUAAAUGUGAAGGGUGUGGCUUAAACUAUCAUAAGAGAUGUGCAUUUAAAAUCCCUAACAACUGCAGUUGUGUCCGGAAGAGACGAUUAUCAAAUGUUUCAUUAACAGGACUUGGUAAUAUCAGAACAAUGUCUGCUGAACUUUCGUUUACACCUGCAGAUGAAGGACUCCAGAUUCCUGCAAGCCCCAGUUUUGAGCAGAAAACACCACCUGAUUUUUCAUUUGGAAGAGAGAAGAGGUCUAAUUCGCAAUCACACAUUGGGCGACCUAUUCAGCUUGACAAGAUUUUGCUUUCCAAGGUUAAAGUGCCUCAUACUUUUGUCAUUCACUCAUAUACAAGGCCAACAGUUUGUCAGUACUGCAAAAAGCUACUUAAAGGACUUUUUAGACAAGGCUUACAGUGCAAAGAUUGUAGAUUCAACUGUCACAAACGCUGUGCACCUAAAGUACCAAAUAAUUGCCUUGGAGAAGUGGCCAUUAACGGAGACUUGCUUAGCCCAGGAACCGAGACUGAUAUAGUGAUGGAAGAAGGAAGUGAUGACAACGACAGUGAAAGAAACAGUGGCCUCCUAGAUGAAAUGGAAGAUUCUAUGAUGCCUGAUGCUGAGAUGGUGACAGUGAAUCCAGGUGACAGCGGAGACAUGCAGGACACUGAUCUUGACCAGGAUGAAAGUAACAGAAUGAUCAGCCCUUCAACAAGCAAUAAUAUCCCAUUAAUGAGAGUGGUACAAUCUGUCAAACAUGCAAAAAGGAGAAGUAGUACAGUAAUAAAAGAAGGAUGGAUGGUACACUACACAAGCAAAGACAGUUUGAGGAAGCGGCACUACUGGAGAUUGGAUAGCAAAUGUAUCACUUUGUUUCAAAAUGAAACUGAAAGCAAAUAUUACAAGGAAAUUCCAUUGUCUGAAAUACUAUCCCUGGAAGCUGCAAAAAAUAUGAGUUUUUUACCAGAAGAAGCAAAUCCCCACUGCUUUGAAAUAACUACAGCUAAUGUGGUUUAUUAUGUUGGGGAAAACAUUGAAAACCUACCAAGUCCUUCAGCUAAUAACAGCGUUCUCACAAAUGGUUGUGGCCCAGAUGUGGCGAGAAUGUGGGAGAUGGCAAUCCAGCAUGCCCUGAUGCCUGUCAUUUCCAAAGGAACAUCCACUGCUUCAGGACCAAGUUUGCACAGAAAUAUAUCCAUAAGCAUUUCUGUAUCCAAUUGCGAAGUCCAAGAAAAUGUGGAUAUCAGUGCAGUGUAUCAAAUAUUUCCAGAUGAAGUUUUAGGAUCUGGACAGUUUGGAAUUGUUUACGGAGGAAAACAUCGGAAAACAGGAAGAGAUGUAGCAAUUAAAAUCAUUGACAAACUGAGAUUUCCAACUAAGCAAGAAAGCCAACUUCGUAAUGAGGUUGCAAUUUUACAGAAUCUGCAUCACCUAGGUGUUGUAAAUCUGGAAUGCAUGUUCGAGACACCAGAAAGAGUAUUUGUUGUUAUGGAGAAGCUCCAUGGAGAUAUGUUGGAGAUGAUUUUGUCAAGUGAAAAAGGAAGGUUGCCAGAGCGGAUAACCAAGUUUUUAAUUACACAGAUUCUUGUUGCUUUGAGGCAUCUUCAUUUUAAAAACAUUGUUCAUUGUGAUCUCAAGCCAGAGAAUGUAUUGUUAGCAUCAGCUGACCCUUUUCCACAGGUGAAGCUUUGUGAUUUUGGUUUUGCCCGGAUUAUUGGAGAGAAGUCAUUCAGACGUUCACUUGUGGGUACACCAGCCUAUCUUGCUCCUGAAGUUCUGAGAAACAAAGGAUAUAACAGAUCACUUGAUAUGUGGUCUGUUGGAGUCAUUAUUUAUGUUAGUCUCAGUGGUACAUUUCCAUUCAAUGAAGAUGAGGAUAUUCAUGAUCAAAUCCAGAAUGCUGCUUUUAUGUACCCACCUAAUCCCUGGAAGGAAAUCUCUCAUGGAGCUAUUGAUCUCAUAAAUAAUUUGUUGCAAGUUAAAAUGAGAAAACGUUACAGUGUGGACAAGACAUUAAGCCACCCUUGGCUGCAGGAUUACCAAACCUGGCUAGAUUUACGAGAACUUGAAUUCAAAAUAGGUGAGCGUUAUAUCACCCAUGAAAGUGAUGAUUCCCGGUGGGAACAAUAUGCAGGAGACAAUAGUUUGCAGUAUCCAGCACACCUUAUGAGUCAGAGCCUUAAACACAAUGAAAAUCCUGAACUAGAAGAAGCAGAGUUGAAAGCGCUCAGUGAGCGUGUCAGCAUCCUUUGAAUCACAAUCUGUCAAAACCACUGUGGAAUUUAAUAAAUACAUACGGUCAUGUUUAACUUUUGCUUUGUAGAACAUGCCAUUAAUUUUUGUCUGAUGGGAACAAAGCUGUUAUGCUGUUGCCACCAUUGAUGUAUGGGAGUUGCCAAGUCAAAUCAACAGAUUAUUACUAUUGUUAUUAUUAUUAUUUGUGAACAAAUGUGUUAUAUUAACAAAAAAAAAAGUUCCCAGGAAUAAUUCACCUGUUGUUGUGAAUGAUUUCUAUUAUACGUUAAGCAUCCAGACCUGUUUCCACUGUGCCUUUUCAGGUGAAGAUUUUCUCUUAAUCAAACUUUUCUGUCUCAGAUGGAACUGGCUGUUCUUUGGUUUUAUGUGCAGCAUGGAUGAGCAUUGUGUGCAAACUCUUGAAGAGUAGAUUACUACCACUGUUCUGUGAACAACUUUUUACUGUUUUUUUUAAAAUAAAGUUAAGGACUUGCGAUUUUUGUUCUUGCCAUGAAACCGUGUAUUGGCAUCCUGAUACCAGGAAGCAUGAAUAGAAAUUGUACAGUUGCAUAGUAAGGGUGCAGCCAAUUUUCAAGCAUGGACACCUUAUAAUGGAAACUGCACCCUCUUCUUAGUAGCUUAUUUCCUUGUUCUUAUACAGUCUGCUGUAAAUUGUACAUUUAGAAGCUGAGCAAAAUGAUAUUUUCAUGAAUGUUUUGAAUAAAAUUCUGCUUAAAGCA